GGAGCGGGGCCGCGCCAUGGCGGCGGACGGCCGCGGGGGCCGGGAGCUGCUCGCCCUCAUCCACCAGCACCUGCUCCGCGGCGGCUUCGCCCGGGCGGCCCGAGAGCUGCAGGCGCAGACCGGGCAGAAAUUGCUCCCUUCCCUCUCGGCCUCUCUCGAGGACAUCUUUACUCACUGGGAAAAAACGCCCUCAAAUACCAGGAGAAGAAAGGUGAGUGAGGAGGAGGAGGCAACCAUCCCAGAAAAGAUCAGAGUUCCUGAUCCCGUGAGCAGCUCUGAGAGCUCUGAGAAGGAAGAUGAUGAGAAAGAGAAGGCGAAAGCUGCCAAGGCCACCAGCCUGCCCCUGGCCACAAACUCAGGAGUGAACGCAGCAAGCAGUGAAGAUGAGGACUCCUCAUCCGAGGAGGAGACAGCUGCCGGGAAAGGGGCAGUAACGGUGACGCCAGCUGUGGUGAGUGGCAAGGCUGCCAACUCCCUGCAUUCUCCUAGCAAAGCUGCUGCCCCAGCAGGCAGAGCGGUAGGGCCCUCUGCUGCAAACAGAACUGUGCUCUUGCAGAAGCAGCAGCCCAAUGCAUCAGCUGCAUCUGUAGCUCCAGCCGAGGCUGGGCAGAAGCUGCCUGGUCCUGGGAAGUCCAACCAUGCCACAAUAGCUACAGCCAAAGUAGAUCAAAGCAAAGCACCAGUAACUACCAAAGCAUCAGGAAGCUCCAGCAGUAGCAGCAGCUCCUCUUCGUCAGAGAGUGAGGAGGAAAAAGAGACUCCAACGGCAAAAGCCCCAGCCCCCAAAGUGGAGCUGAAGCAAGCAGCUGGGACUGCAAAGAGCAGCAGUGAGGAAUCAAGUGAUGAAACGUCCUCUGAAGAGGAGCUUGCAGCUCCAUUAGUCCAGGCAAAACCAGCUGUGAAAACAGCACAGGUUAAUGCAUCACCUGUGAAAAGUGACCCUGCAGCUGCAGGACCCCUCAAGAAGAAUGCAGUGAGACAAACAGUGCUGGCACCAAACCAAGCCAAACCCACACCCACCACGGUUCCUGGGCCUGCAAAGCCUGAUGACACCUCAGAGAGCAGCGACUCAUCUGACAGUGAAGAUGAGGCACCUCCAUCCUUACCCCAAAUAAAGCCCUCCCAGGCCAUCCCCUCCCCGGUGAAACCUGCACCAGCAGCAGCGCUCUCCAGUAAAGCAGCCCCAGCUAAAACACUUCCACCCUCCGAAGGGAAGCCAGCACCAAAAGCAGCAGUGCCAAAGCAGGCCAAGACCACAAUGGGAAGGGCUGCUGGUGCCACAAAGGCUGCUGAAAGUACGAAGCCAGCAGAGAGCUCCAGCUCCUCGAGCAGCGAAGAGGAGAAUCCCCCUGUGCCCAUCAGCCAGAAGAGAUUAACAGAACAGCCUGGGCCUCUUUCCAGCCCGAGCCAGGCUGCUAAAACUGGGCCACCUGAAAAAGCAGUGGGAAGCACCUUGAAAACCCAGGCCUCAGAAAGUGAGAGCAGUGACUCUUCUGACAGUGAGGAGGAAACUUUGGUGGCACAAACACAGCCUCCACAACCUGUAAAAGCCAAUUCUGUGCCCCAGCCAGCAAAUGUGAAGAAGGCUCUGGCUCCAACACCAGCUCCAACACCAGCUCCAGCCCCUCCAGCUGUGGCCAGCAGUGAUGAUUCCAGUGAGGAGUCAGAUUCAGAGGAGGAAAUAGUUCCCCCUUCUCAGGCCUCCACUGCUCCUUGUCUAAAGCAAACGGUUCCUGUGGGAAAAGCUUCUCCAGCCAGCACUGCCACCCCGCAGGCUGCUUCACUCCUGGGAGCUGCCACUGCCAAGUCAAGGAAGCCAGGCCUGCAGCCAGUGCAGGCUGCCCAGCUGAGCCAGGCCGUGCCACUCACCCAGGCAGCAGGCACCUCAGACAGCAGCAGUUCCUCAGACAGCGAUGAGGAGACACCCAAACAGCCUCCCAAACCUGGCACACCGCAGAAACCAGGAGGGAUCCAGCCAGCCCAGAGCACCUCCUCAGAGUCCAGUGAAGAUGAGGAGCAGGCAGCAUCACAGUCCCUCCUCACAGGCUAUGUGGGCCUCUGCAAGCCUCCAGCAGCACCCCAGGCACCAAAGACGGUUCCCCCCAAGCCGGCAGGCAAAGUGAGGCAAGGGAAAGCAUCAGGCACUGCUGCCAACUCCCUCACCAAACCCUCCCUGAAGGCAGCCCCAGCCGACAGCUCCAGCAGUGACAGCAGCGACUCCGAUGUGGAUGUCGACCAGGUGGCUGCAAACCACAAAGCAGAAAACAACCCUUCUCUAGGGCAAGAAACCACAGGAACCUCCAAAAAAGGGAAAGUGGCAGGAAAAACAGAGCCAGGUCCUACCAGCCUCAAACCUUCCCAACUCAAGAAAGCUCUGGCUGUGAAAGAGAAUGAUGUUGGGGCAAAGGGGGUGCAAGUGACCCCAGCAUCACACACACCACUGCCCAUCCCACGGACAGAGUCCUACUCUGGGACUGAAACUGAGCUCAGCACUGCUGCCAAAGUUCCUGCAGUGCAAACACUGGAAGGGUUGGAAGGGAAGAAGAAGAAGAAAAAGGAGAAAAAAGAAAAGAAGGAAAAGAAGAAACCUCCCUCCACAGCAGACAAGGCUGUGAAAACGUCUAAGAGCAAAGACAAAGAGAACAAGAAGCAGAAGACAUCUCGGAAGAGGAAGCUGGCAGGGGAGGAUGGGGCUGCAGUGCAGCCCAAGGAGAAGAAGCGGAAAGGACAAGCUGAUGAAGUACCAAAAAAGAAAAAGAAGAAAGCAGCUGGUAACCUGGAGAAGCUGCCAGACAGCAAGGAAAAGAAAAAAGCAGCUAAAAAAAAAAAGGCUGAAAAGGAAAAGAAGAAGAGCAAAAAGAUGUCUUCAGAAAGGGAGCCUGCAGCUGAUGGCUCUGCUGAUGUUCCCAAGAAGAAGAAGAAGAAGAAAACAGCUGAGCCUGAAGGAUUGUGAGAAGGUACAUGGCCUGUGGGGACUGUCAGUUGGUACCUCUGAGCGGCGGUAACCUUGGCCAAAUUCCAUCCUCCUGGGUCCACCUCGGGAAGACAGUGAACCUUCUGAGUGCCCACUGAGUCAGCCUGGCCUUAGUUUAGAGGUCCAGGGAGUGGAGUGGUGUAAGGACAGUCAUGCAGCAGUGUCUUGGCUCCUCUGGAUGUGUUUGACCUCAACUCUUUAGCUGCUGAGAACUGGAUGUCCAGCCUGGAUGUUGCUGUCCUCUUGUCAUCAGCAGAGAUAAGCGGCCUCUGGCAGUGUCUCUCUGUCCCUGCUGACCACAGGGAGCUUGGUGUGGAUUAGGUGGUGAUGUUGUAGUCACCUGGAAGUGGACCAGAUGCUCCUGCCCUGGCUCUGCUGGGCUGUAAGGCUGUUCUCCUCCUCCCCACCCCUAACUCUUUUAACUCCUCUCCCCAAAGGUACCGCGUCCCUGUGAUUAAGGAUUUAUGGGUGAAGAUCAAACAGAAGAGAGGAAAGGAAAGCUUGGCAGGAGGAUUUCAACUCUCAGUUUUGUUUUUAAUUCAUAGUUCUAACUGUGACUUUCAGAGCAGAGCAGUGUAACUUCCUGCCUCCUCCUGCCCUGCUGUGGUCCAGAGACGGUUUCUUUGUUGCCCCUCCUGACAGCUCGCUUGUUGCACAAGUACUCAGCUGAACUGAAGGAGGCAGGCUGACCAGAGAAUAGCCAGCUUGUAUAAACUACUUUCCUCCUAGUCAACACCCACCCAUCUCUUUUCUCCUCACAGAGCUAUAUUUUUCAGAGAUACAUUGACCUUUCCUGUUGUAUUUUCCUCCCCCCUCCUGUGAUUCGUGGUGUCAGUCUUUUUUGCUACUACAGAAGAGAGCUCUCUGGGUUUCCUUUUUAUUCUAACACUGAUAGCAGUGAUUUUUUCAUGUUCCUGGAGUUGCACUGAACAGCUGUGUCCAGUAGCUGUUCCCAGCCAGGGUGGCAUCAUGUCUUGUGGGUUUGGGUUUUUUUUUAUGAAAUACAGAAUAAAUAAAGGAAGGGUUAAAUUGGC